GGGGCCGCCCUCCGCGGGCGGGGCCGGCGGCGCUGGGGUGAGAGAGGCACGGUGGGAGGAGGCGGAUCGCGACACAUCGCAUCGUAUCGAGAUGGCGAACGAUCGCUCCCGCAGCCUGGGCAAGGGUAGCGCGGCGCCGGGGCCCGUGCCCGAGGGGCUGCUGCGGCUGUACGGCAUGAGGUUCUGCCCCUUCGCGCAGAGAACGCGCCUGGUUCUCCGCGCCAAGGGCAUCAGCCAUGAAGUAGUCAACAUCAAUCUGAAGAACAAACCUGACUGGUUCUUUGAGAAGAACCCCUCUGGGCUGGUCCCUGUUCUGGAGACCAGCAAGGGCCAGCUGAUCUGGGAGUCCCCAAUCACUUGUGAAUAUUUGGAUGAGGCAUUUCCAGAGAAGAAGCUGAUGCCUUCAGACCCAUAUGAGCGAGCCCGUCAGAAGAUGAUCUUGGAAGACUUCUCAAAGAUAACACCCUUACUUUUCAAGCAUGUGUUGGCAGUUAAAGAUGGACAAGACACCACAGCACUGAAAGCAGAGAUUGCUGAAAAGUUUGGCAAAUUCGAAGAGAUUCUGUCCAAACGCAACACUGUGUUUUUUGGUGGGAACUCCAUCUCUAUGCUUGACUACAUGAUCUGGCCGUGGUUUGAACGCCUGGAAGCAUUCCAGCUGAUAGACACUUUGAAUCACGCACCAAAGCUCCAACGCUGGAUGGAGGCCAUGAAGGAGGACCCUGCUGUCAAGGCUACAAUGACUGACACACAGACAUUCAAAAACUACCUCCAGCUGUAUUUGGUGAACAGCCCUGAGGCAUGUGAUUAUGGGCUCUGAGGUGCCAGUAGGCAUGAGCUUGCUAAAGUGUCAGUGCUGUUUUUCAGUAUGGGGACUUAGUGUAAUUUGAUGUGGGCUCUUCUGUGGUUGCAUUUCAUGAUUGGGAAUAAAUCUGUGCUGAAAAGCUGAGAAA